UUCCGAAGCCCGUCGGCGAACGCCUUGAAAGAGCGUAGUGGACUGAUCCCGACUGUUGUCGCAGUCAUUAACAAUAUUUUGGUUCCCAUUCGUCGGAUGAAGAUGACCAAAAUAGAGUAUUUACUGCUCCAAGCUGUCCUUUUUUAUGAUCCUGAGUGUUUGUCUUUGUCUGAGGGAGCACAACAAUUGAUAGCUGCUAAACGACGUCGUCUUCUCGACUCCUUACGGUCUCAUCUGGAUAAAAAGUUCAAGGACCAGUCAGAAAGUGCCUCUCGAUUUGCUGAAAUCUUGUUAAGGAUAAGUAACGUA